AUGGUGGCUGGUGGCAAGAAGGACAAGAACAACAAGUCGGCCGGCAAGCGGCGCAAGUCUCUGAUGAGCGCCGUGGCGAUGAACCGGGACGCCAGCCUGGCGGCGAGUUCGUACAUGCUGACGGGCGACCUGGCCGUGGACCUGCCGGCCGUGACGCAGGAGAUGGGCGUCGAGUUCACGCCGGCCGUGCAGCUGGUGGUGCUGGCGCCGCUGACCAGCAGUCCGGCCGGUGACGUCGAGUCGCCGCCGCCGCCCGAGCUGACCGUGCGCGGUGACGUGGUGCAGCGCGACUCCGAGUCGGGCCAGCUGGGCAGCGCCGCGCACGGCGUCCAGGUGGCCGGCUGGCGCUGCGAGGCCGAGCACCUGACCGCCAUGCGGCGCUGCUUCAGCGCCAUGGAGGCGCUCUCCACGCUCAGCCUCAACAACGCGGCGCUGGACGAGUCGGCCGUGGCUGCCCUGGUGGCGCUGCUCGCCGACCGCCCCACUGUCACCACACUGAACCUGGACUCGAACCCGGGCAUCGGCACGCAGGUGACGCGGCUGCUCGCGCCGCCGGCCAACGUUCUGUCCCUCUCACUCCGUAACUGCUGCGUCACCGACGAACAACUGGCCGAGUUACAGCCGAUACUGAGCGAGCUGAAUACCCACACCGAGCUGCGGUACACCUGUCUGCCGAUGCGCAGCCUCAACCUGGGAAACAACCGGCUGACGGACGCCGGCGCUGUCACCCUGGCCACCAUCCUACGCUCCAACAGACAGCUGAGGCUGAUCGGACUGACCAGGAACCACAUCGGCACGAAGGGUGCCCUGGCGCUGGCGGCCGUCCUGCAGCCGUUCCCCAUGACGCACGAAGAGGUGGUGGUGAGCCGACGCGCGCGAGCGGAGGCGCGCCGCGUGCUCGUAGCACGUGUCGAGAGCGAGCUGAAGGGACGCGGCUCGUGCUGCGCUGGGAAAUGUACCCACACCAGCCGGCGCAGCGAGCCAGACACUGGAGACGGCCGCAUUAGUCCGGCGGGCUCGCUCCGCAGCAGCGGCCAGCGGACUGGCUCCCGCUCGGGCCGCUCGCCGGCCAAGCUCGCGGCGCCGGUCGCUCCGGCGGCACCACGCGGUUCGGACGCCCAUCCCGUGCAGACCAUCCGAGAGAGUGUGGAAUCACUAAUGUCGAGUGUGGUGCAUCCUCUAAUGACGCUGGUUCGACCCGAGAACGGCCGUCGACUGAACCCGGGCAACCUAUCCCUCGCCAGCCUCAGCCUUGCAUAUAACCCGGGCAUACACCGCGCGGCUGCCACGGCCUUCCUGGAGGCGCUGCGGUACCAGGAGUCGGUGCCGGCCGAGGAGCAGGCGCGCCUGGGGCCGGGCCUGCUGCGGCUCUGUCUGACCGGCACGCCAGCCGACGGGGACCCGCAGCUGGCGGUGCUGCUGCUCCGCCGCCAGCCGGCGCUGGCCGAGCCCGAGCCGCCAGCAGAGGACGAGGAGAAGAAGACAGGCCGCGCCGGCCGGCAGUCGCAGCUGGCGCUGGACGCCUCCCGGCGCACCGCGUCGCGCGUGGGGAAGAAAAAGAAACUGAAGUAG